AUGCCAUUACCGUCAUCAUCCAUCAUCUCCAUCAUCCCCAUCAUCCCCAUCAUCCCAUCAUCUCCAUCAUCUCCAUCAUCAUCCAUCAUCCCCAUCAUCCCCAUCAUCCUCAUCAUCAUCAUCAUCACCCCCAUCAUCAUUCCCCUCAUCAUCAUCCCCAUCAUCCCCAUCAUCCCCAUCAUCCCCAUCCCCAUCAUCCACAUCUCCAUCCCCAUCAUCCCCAUCAUCCCAUCACCCCCAUCAUCCCCAUCACCCCCAUCAUCCCCAUCAUCCCAUCAUCCAUCAUCCCCAUCAUCUCCAUCAUCUCCAUCAUCAUCCCCCAUCUCCCCAUCAUCCCAUCAUCUCCAUCAUCCCCAUCAUCACACCAUUCAUCCCCAUCAUCUCCAUCAUCUCAUCAUCAUCCAUCAUCCCCAUCAUCCCCAUCAUCCCCUCAUCCCCAUCAUCAUCAUCAUCAUCUCCAUCACCCCCAUCAUCCAAAUCACCCCAUCAUCCCAUCAAUCAUCAUCCACAUCAUCUCCAACAUCCCCAUCAUCCCCAUCAUCAUCCCAUCAUCUCCAUCACACCCAUCAUCCCCAUCAUCUUUAUCAUCUUUAUCAUCUCCAUCAUCCACAUCAUCCCCAUCAUCCAUCAUCAUCAUCCAUCAUCUCCAUCAUCCCCAUCAUCCCCAUCAUCCCAUCAUCCCCAUCACCCCCAUCAUCUCCAUCAUCCCCAUCAUCCCAUCAUCCCCAUCAUCCCCAUCCCAUCAUCAUCCCCAUCAUCCCCAUCAUCUCCAUCAUCCCCAUCAUCCCCAUCAUCAUCCCCAUCAUCCCCAUCACCCCAUCCCAUCAUCAUCCAUCAUCAUCCCCAUCAUCCCCAUCAUCCCCAUCAUCCCCAUCAUCCCCAUCACCCCCAUCAUCCCCAUCAUCUCCAUCAUCCCUAUCAUUUCCAUCAACUCCAUCAUCUCCAUCACCCCCUUCAUCCCCAUCACCCCCAUCAUCUCCAUCAUCUCCAUCAUCCCCAUCAUCCAUCAUCGCCCCCAUAACCAUCAUCAUCCACAUCAUCCCCAUAACUUCCAUCAACUCCAUCAUCCCCCUUCAUCCCCCAUCAUCUCCAUCAUCCCCAUCAUCCCAUCAUCCCCAUCACCCCAUCAUCCCCAUCAUCUCCAUCAUCUCCAUCAUCCCCAUCAUCAUCCCCAUCAUCCCCAUCAUCACCCUCAUCAUCCCCAUCAUCCCCUUCUUCCCACGUCACCCCCAUCAUCUCCAUCCCCAUCACUCCCAUCAUCCAUCAUCCCCAUCAUCCCCAUCCCCAUCAUCCCAUCAUCCCCAUCACCCCCAUCAUCCCCAUCAUCCCCAUCAUCCCCAUCAUCAUCAUCCCCAUCAUCCCCAUCAUCCCCAUCAUCAUCCACAUCAUCCUUCAUCAUCCCCAUCAUCCAUCAUCUCCAUCCCCCAUCAUCCCAUCACCCCAUCAUCCCCAUCAUCUCCCAUCCCCAUCAUCCCCAUCAUCCCCAUCAUCAUCCAUAAUCAUCACCCCAUCACCCCCAUCAUCCCCAUCAUCCCCAUCAUCCCAUCAUCCAUCAUCUCCAUCAUCUCCAUCAUCCCCAUCACCCCCAUCAUCCCCAUCACCCCAUCAUAUCCAUCAUCCCCAUCAUCUCCAUUAUCUCCAUCACCCAUCUCUCAUCCCCAUCACCCCAUCAUCACCCCCAUCAUCUCCAUCAUCAUCCAUCACCCCCAUCAUCCCCAUCAUCUCCAUCAUCCACAUCAUCCACAUCAUCACCAUCAUCAUCCCAUCAUCAUCCACAUCACCCCCAUCAUCCCCAUCAUCUCCAUCAUCCCCAUCAUCCCCAUCAUCCCCAUCAUCCCCAUCAUCCCCAUCAUCCCAUCAUCCCCAUCAUCCCCAUCAUCACCGCUUCAUAUCCCCAUCACCCCCAACAUCCCAUCAUCCCCAUCAUCCCCAUCAUCCCCCAUCACCCCCAUCAUCCCCCAUCAUCCCCAUCACCCCCAUCACCCCAUCAUCCACAUCAUCCUCCAUCAUCCCCAUCACCCCCAUCAUCCCCAUUAUCUCCAUCACCCCCAUCACCCCCAUCAUCCCCAUCAUCUCCAUCAUCUCCACCCAAAUCAUCCCCAUCAUCUCCAUCAGCCCCUUCAUCCCCAUCACCCCAAAUCAUAUCCAUCAUCCCCAUCAUCCCCUUCAUCCCCAUCACCCCCAUCAUCCCCAUCACCGCCAUCACCCCCAUCAUCUAUCAUCAUCUCCAUCAUCUCCAUCAUCCCCAUCGUCCCCAUCAUCCCCAAUCAUCCCCAUCAUCUCCAUCAUCUCCAUCAUCCACAUCAUCCCCAUCAUCCCCAUCACCCCAUCAUCUCCAUCAUCUCCAUCAUCCCCAUCAUCCCCAUCACACCCAUCAUCAUCCCCUCAUCACACACACAUUCCCAUCAUCCCCAUCAUCAUCAUCAACCCCAUCAUCCCCAUCACCCCAAUCAUCCACAUCUCCUCCAUCAUCCCCAUCAUCCCCAUCACCCCCCAUCAUCCCCAUCCCCCAUCAUCCCCAUCAUCAUCCCCAUCAUCUCCAUCAUCCAUCAUCCCCAUCAUCUCCAUCAUCUCCAUCAUCCCCAUCAUCCCCAUCAUCCCCAUCAUCCCCAUCAUCAUCCCCAUCAUCAUCCAUCAUCCCCCCAUCAUCCCCAUCAUCUCCAUCAUCCAUCAUCCAUCCAUCUUCCCCAUCAUCCCAUCACCCCCAUCAUCCCCCUUCACCCCAUCAUCCCAUCAUCAUCUCCACAAUCCCCAUCAUCACCCCAUCAUCCUCAUCAUCCACAUCAUUCAUCCCCAUCAUCCCCAUCAUCUCCAUCAUCAUCCCCAUCACCCCCAUCAUCCCAUCUCCUCCAUCAUCCCCAUCAUCCACCAUCACCCCCAUCAUCCCUACACCCCCAUCAUCCAAAUCAUCCAUCAUCCCCAUCUCCCAUCAUCUCCAUCAUCCCCAUCAUCCCCAUCAUCCCCAUCACCCCCAUCAUCCCUAUCAUCCAUCAUCCCAUCAUCUCCAUCAUCUUCAUCAUCUCCAUCAUCCCCCCAUCACCCAUCAUCCCCAUCAUCCCCAUCAUCAUCCCCUUCAUCCCCAUCAUCCCCAUCAUCCCCCCAUCCCCAUCAUCCCCAUCAUCCAUCAUCCCCAUCAUCUCCAUCAUCCCCAUCAUCCCCAUCAUCCAUCCCCCAUCAUCCCCAUCAUCUCCCAUCAUCCCCCUUCAUCCACGUCAUCCCCAUCGCCUCCAUCACCUCCAUCACCCCCUUCAUCCCCAUCCCCCCCCAUCAUCCCCAUCAUAUCCAUCAUCCCCAUGA